ACGAAUUCUGUUGGAGUUUUGUGUCGUUCGUUGUCGUUUAUUGCUGAAAAGAAACGGGAAAAUAAUUCUGACGAUUUUAAUAUUAAUUACAGCGAGACAGUCAACAUUCCUUCUGCUUCAAGUCUAUUUUCUCGGCUUUUGGUUUUUCUGUCGCAACCUCUGGCUGCUCGCUGUCACUCGAGGUCGGUGUUGAGUCUUCUACUCAACUUUGCUCCCAACAUUCAUGACCACCUAGUGGACAUAUGGGCGGCAAUUAUUCCAAAAAUGAUUCAAUUUAUUGACGAAAAUGAAGAAGGUGAAACAUGGCCCCAAAAAGCAUGGGAAGAGGUAUUACUUAAGUUUUUGUCGAAAUCUUUGGAUGCGAUUGAUGACGAACAUUGGACGUCCCUCGCUGGUCAGUCUAUGACAUCACAAUGGCCCCUUUAUGAUGGAGAAGAAAGACUUCCUUAUAAGAAUUUUUCCUACAAAUGUCUUGGCAUCAUCCUACGUAAAUCAACCAACAAAGAAUUUGUUGAAUCCUAUCUGGCAACACUGUUCACAACUGUGCAACACUGCAAUCAAUUAGAAAGAGAAGGGGCUGGUGUAUGUGUUGGUUAUUGUGCGUCUUCACAUUUAGAUCUCACACUACAGAAACUACUUGACUUUACAAAGUUAAACAUCAACAAAAAAGAUUCUUCGUACCUUAAUUUAUUCAAGAGUGACCGGUCACUGACCGAAGUCGCAAACAUGAAGGGAACAGUUAGUUUAUGUUUCGGAUACAUUGCAUUGUUUGCUCCAACUGAUCUAAUUACAUCAAGAAUUGAAACCAUCAUCGUAAAAACUUUAACACCUCUGUUUAAAGGACUUAAGAUCCCCGCCAUCAAAGUAGACCUUGUGUCCGCUGUCGAUCUGAUUGCGCAAUCUGUCGCACCUGACCGACUUGCUUCGAGUGAGAGUCGAUCCAAAUACGUAUUUUCUGCUCGCGAGGACCUCUUGUGGAAAUUAAUGGCAUAUUUACGAGAAGCUGGAAACAAACCAAGCAAACUUAAAUCUGCAAUAUUUGAGGCUGCAGCUUCUCUGAUUAAACUAGAACCCCCAAUGCGUGAUGAAGACAUUGCCUCGUUGUUGACGCAAUGUAUCACUCAUGUGAUAGCUUCCCCACCAGAUGAUGCUACAGAGCUUCUACAGGCAAAUUGUUCCGAAAAACUUGUUGAAUUAAUGAAGGAAAUUUUAAAGAAAAGAAAAAAUUCUCAUGGACUUUUCGCAAUUUUUAAGCAACUUGAGAGUUUCCUGAUCUCUGAGAAACAGCAUGAACGUCAACGUUCGAUUGAAAUUAUUGGAUUCAUAUUCAUCACGUAUUACAACGUUCUCAUUAUAUCAGAGUCCAACAGUAGCCUCCACCAUCUAGGAUCACUUCUAGGAAGAUUGAUUCCUUGUUGCUCUGAUCCUGAUCCGGAUGUUAGACUAGAAGCUCUUCUCUGUGUCCGCAUCAUUAUAAUGAUCAUCAACAAAUACAACGGCAUGAAUGAUAAAUCAUGUCGGUCCUCAGUUGAAGAAAUAGAAACACUAGAAACAAAGUUAACCAACUCAGAUACACAGAUUAUGUAUGAAGGGAUGUCAGAACUCGCAAAGAUGGUGUGUUUAAAAGUUUCGUCCGACUCCACCCAUUUCUACCCUGGGUCUUUAACAUAUGUGCUCUUUGAUGCCAUCACCUGGCCACAACACACAUCAGCGAACGGGGCGUGUUUAGUUCUUCAUCAUAUAUUUGAAACCAGGGGUCCAGUCUUUGUGGAAAAGGUUGACAUGAUAAUGUCACAACUUCUCCCCAAGUUAUCUACACUCUCUGAGGAUGGCCACACGAGGUCAGGAGCACUCCAAAUUCUCAUCCAUUUGUCUCGGCAUCAUCUACACCAAGUCAUUCACUCAUUACUUUGUCAUUCGCCACCAUUCUCAAACGAUGUCAUUUCCUGUUGGACGCAGUUGGGCCGUGACCAGCUCCGUGAUUCGUCGAUUGAAUAUCUUCUCGACCAAUUAGAACGAAGUCUUCCAUAUGAAGAAGUAGGGGGAAAAAAAAGAAAAACGAAACAAAAUUUGAUCAAAAAUCCAGCAACACAUUCAUUGGCUGUGAGUUCUACGUAGAAUUUAAAUA